CGUCAGCGUUCCAUCGGACGGGGCUAGUUCGUCGCCACCAUUUUCUUUAAAACCCCAAAUCCAGUAGGCCUCUCAGUGACACUCUUGACUACUCCAUCAAAAUUCAUCUAAAGAAGAACAGAGAAGGAAGAAAUGUUGCAGCUUUCAAUUCCAAGAGUGAGAAAUCUCAAGGCUUUUAGAGCGACGAUCUUUGCUGUCCGUAGCUCUCAUUUCUCCACAGCGGCUGAGCCAUCCUCGUCUUCUACUCCUCCGAGAGUUCCUAAUCUAAUUGGAGGUGCUUUUGUUAAUUCACAAUCCUCUGCGUCCAUAGAUGUCAUAAAUCCUGCCACGCAACAAGUUGUUUCGCAAGUUCCGUUGACCACAAAUGAGGAGUUCAAAGCGGCAGUGUCUUCAGCAAAGAAGGCUUUUCAAACAUGGCGUAACACACCCGUUACGACACGUCAGCGUGUCAUGUUUAAGCUGCAAGAGCUUAUCCGGAGAGACAUUGAUAAGUUAGCCUUGAAUAUUACUACAGAACAGGGGAAGACGUUAAAGGAUGCGCAUGGUGAUGUGUUUCGUGGGCUAGAGGUGGUAGAACAUGCUUGUGGCACAGCAACUCUUCAAAUGGGGGAAUAUGUUUCUAAUGUAUCAAAUGGAAUUGACACGUAUAGCAUUAGAGAGCCACUUGGUGUUUGUGCUGGGAUUUGUCCGUUCAACUUUCCGGCAAUGAUUCCAUUAUGGGCCAAGGAGCGCAUAUGCAAUCUAAUCCAAUCUGGUGUUGAAAGUGGUGCCAAGCUAUUGCUGGAUGGGCGAGAUAUAGUGGUCCCAGGUUAUGAGCAUGGCAAUUUUAUUGGCCCUACUAUCUUAUCAAAUGUUACAGCUGACAUGGAGUGCUACAAGGAAGAAAUUUUUGGUCCAGUUCUUCUUUGCUUGGAGGCUGACAGUCUAGAAGAGGCAAUAAGCAUUGUUAACAGAAACAGAUAUGGCAAUGGCGCUUCUAUAUUUACUACAUCUGGGGUAGCUGCUAGGAAAUUUCAGACGGAGAUUGAGGCUGGGCAGGUUGGUAUCAACGUUCCUAUUCCAGUUCCCUUGCCCUUUUUCUCAUUUACUGGCAGCAAGGCAUCUUUUGCAGGGGAUUUGAACUUCUAUGGCAAGGCAGGUGUAGUGGUUGUUUAUUUCACAGGCCAUUGCCGUGAAAGAGGGCCUUUGUUGAAGGGUUAAGUGAAAUGGAACUCAUAUAAGCCAAUUACGUUGUUAGUGUCUAUAUAUUGAGCACAUGUUGAGUAAGUUUGUGAGGACCUGUUAGCCUUUAAAGGGGAUGCAACUCAUGUAGAUCAUAGAACAUGAUUUAAACUGAUCAAGAAAAUGUCUUCAGAAUUACAAGAGUUUUUUAACCUGCAUUUCUAGUGAUAAACUAUGAC